AUGUCAGAUCAUCACGCAAAUAAUUUUUCAAAUAAUUCAUUCCCACUGGAUAUCAUGGCUAAAAUAGACUCGGAUUUCACUAUUUUCAAUGGAUCUUGCCUUUUAACUUGUCCUGUGGGUUAUAAGAAGUCAUCUAAAACCGGUCAUUGUUACUCAUGUGGAGAUCAGUGUGAACUUAAACAUUGUCGUGAAUUUUUAAUACAUAGUUUGAAAGUACUUGAUACUCUGGCUGGUUGCCAUUCGGCUAAAGCUAUUUACCUUAGUAUUCAAGAAGGUCAACCGGAAAUCGUGGCUCUCUUAUUGGACAAGGCAUUUGCAAAUCUAAGAGUGAUAUAUCAUAGUCUGCGUAUAGUACGCUCUUCUGUUCUUGAUAAUUUAAAUUUUCUACGACACGUUCGUUUUAUUGGUCGAAUAGGGGGAAAUAUUUCCAAUCAUCCAAUAGUUUUUGAAUUAUUUGGAAAUGACAAUUUACGUGAUCUUUGGCCUAUAACAAAUGGUGCUAAUAAUACUGAUGAUGGCCUACAAAUUUUAUCUAAUGGUUUAAUCCGCAUCACGCAGAAUCGUCAGUUGUGUCCUGAGAAGAUUUUUGAACUAUUCGAUUCUAAUAAAAUCAAAUUAGGGGGAAAUAAUAUCACACUUACACAAGCCGAACGUGAAAUGAUAACAAUUACAAAUGGAGAUUUAGCUUAUUGUAAUUGGCGUAAAUUCGACAUAAAACUUAGCGGUCUUAGUUCACAUAGUGUUCGUGUUACAUGGCCUUAUCCGUCUACCAUUCAGUUUAACGAUAAAUCUAUGAAUGAUAACUUUUCAGAUGGUUUAAACUCUAGUUAUGUGGAUGAACUUGUUUUAAUAUAUCUUUUCUAUCAGCCAGCCCCUAAAGAUAUUCAAAAUAUUGUCAAUGACCGAAGAGUUUACGAUAAGAAUUCAUGGCGUAUGUUAACAGCAUCAUGUGAUUCAAAUCCUGGAGAUAAUGUUCGAAAACUUCCGCAUUUAGAAUUCGAUUGCGGAUUAACUUUAUUUAAAUUAGAAUCUGCUAUGCGUUAUGUUGUCUACGUGGAGAUGAAAUUUCCUCUGAAACAAACUGGCGCUAUUAGUAAUUUGGUUUACUUCACAACAUUAUCGAUCAAUCCAUCUCCUCCUCAGUAUUCCUGGUUGGAACCUGUGGAUAAACAUUCACUUCGCUUAACGUGGAUGCCACCAGCUAAACCAAGUGGGAUCAUUGAUACUUAUUUGAUAUGGAUUCAUAUUCUUGAAGAUAAUCCAUCCGAUUAUUUGACAAGGGAUUUCUGUAUACACAAACCUAACUGGAUCCACUCGGGUUGGGAUACAAAUUUACCGUUUGAACACACAGAUCAUAUUAAUUUUGAAAGGGGUUAUUGUGAUUCUUGUCUGUCUUGUCCUAACUUGCAUGAAAUUGAACAACUUUCAAAUAUACAGACAAUUUCAUCUUCAAAUGAAAAUUAUUGGCCCUCGUCUGUGAGCAAAUGGAUGACAGAUGAUUUUGGGAACAUUUUGCCAGUAUAUAUUGUGGAUGAAAAUUUUUCACUCAAAUCCGGUACAGUAGGUCUAAUUGUACAAAAAAACAUUUCAACUUAUUUCAAAGAUAUUUCAUAUUUCCAAACGAAUUCUCAUAAAACUUGUAUUCAGUCAGUUAAUGAAAAUGUAAAAUAUUUAACAGGAUUGUCACCAUUUACAAGAGUACUUGUUGAAAUACAAGCUUGUUUAGAGUACGAUUCAAUUUCUCAUGAAAGAUCAUUAAAAACAAAAUGUAGUCACCCACCACCUUGGUUUAAUAGGAAAUCUGGAAGUAUUGUUAAUCUCAAUCAACAUCAAUGGGCCGCCUGCGAGUAUGAACUAUGCAGUCCAAGAUCUACUGUGAUAAAUCGUGUAAAUCCUCAUGUCGAAUCUGAUAUCAUUCCUGUAUCCUCAAUUUACGCAUCGACUACUGGUCCAGGCAGUGUACGUAUUACAUGGUCCAGUCCUAUUAAACCGAAUGGUUUAAUUAUACAUUAUAUAUUACGUUAUAGACCAAGAAAUCAUGACAAUCAUACAGAUAAUUAUUCAUUUUCGGACAUGUCUGUACCAUGGUUAACAAAAUGUAUACCUCUAAGCCAUUGGGCAACAGUCAAACCAGAACAGAAAUCAUUAACUUCAAGUUUAUUUGCGGGUUUUAAUAAAAAGAUGGUAUCACAAAGUGAACGUGAUUCUAAUGGUAACAGUAAUACUGCUGAAGGCGGGAUCUUAAUCAAAGAUCUGUCGCCAGGUAGCUAUGAAUUUCAAAUUUUAGCCAUUUCGCUUGCUGGUAGUGGAGAAUGGAGUCCUACUGGGAUUUUCAAUAUUCCAUUCUAUAUAGAUCAUAAUGGCAUAGUAAACCAUAGAAAACUUGCAAAUAUUUGCACAAUCACUUUAGGUGCACUUCUGUUGCUCUGUUUCAUUUUGGGGAUUAUUUGGUAUAAAGCACGUCGUUAUUAUUUAAAGGCUACAGCUUGGACAUCAAACAAUCCUGAUUACUGUACAAUUUAUGAAGUUGACGAUUGGGAAAUUACUAAAGACGAUGUUGAUGUUUUACAUUGGAAAUAUCCAAUUGGUCGUGGUAGUUUUGGUACUGUAUAUAAAGGUGUUGUAAAACAGUUGAAAACACCAGCUAAAUUAUUUUAUAAAAAUCCAGUAAAUAUACCUGUUGCUAUUAAGACAAUCAGCAUACACAGCACUUUAUUUGAUCAUCGUGAUUUCAUUAAUGAAGCAUGCUUUAUGAAACAAUUUCAAAGUUAUCAUUUAGUACGUCUACUUGGUUUAGUAACUCAAACCAAGCAUAAACAUCAAUCGGUAUCAUUUACUGAUCAAUGUAUGAAAUUGUUACAUAAUCAUCAUUUUGGCAAACUGGGUCGCUUUGUCAGUCGAAUUUUAAAGUGGACACCAACUUCAUCAUCAUCACCGCCAAACGUAAAACAAUCUUCUCUGCUUUCCUCGUCAAUAUCACCUCCAUUAGGCAAUCAGAUGUUAGAUGAUGAAAAGCUUAAUUGUCACACUUUGGGUUUAUUAAAACAACAAUUAACACAUGUUAACGAUACAUAUUUAUUUAAUAACACUCAAUCAAUUGGUUUAAUGAAUAAAGUGGCACCAGAAAGUCCAUUAGUUAUUAUGCAAUUAAUGGCUAAAGGCGAUCUAGCUAGUUAUCUACGUUAUUUAGGUGACAAAGGACAAGGUUCCGUUAAUUCAUCACAAGCGUAUUUAUGGGCAACACAAAUAGCUGAUGGUAUGGCAUACUUAUCUGCUAAACAGUAUGUUCAUAGAGAUUUAGCUGCUCGCAAUUGUCUUGUUGAUUCCAAUCUCACGGUGAAAAUUGGGGAUUUCGGACUUUGUAGAGAUGUUUAUGGACAUAAUUAUUAUCACAAAACAAGUCACGCAAAACUACCAAUCCGUUGGAUGGCCCCAGAAUCUCUUCAAACUGCUUACUUUACAACACAAUCAGACGUUUGGUCUUAUGGUGUUGUUUUGUGGGAGAUAGUUACUAUGGCAUGUCUUCCUUAUCGUGGUAUGUCUCAUGAAGAGGUGGUCAAGUAUGUUCUCAGUGGAAAAACACUUCUAUCCAAUAGUUCGCCUACCAACUGUCCAGAACUCUUUCAUGCAUUAAUGCUUCAUUGUUGGAACUUCAAUCCCUUGAAGCGACCAACAUUCCUAGGAUUGUCUGCUCUGCUUUCACCAUGCUUUGGAGAUGCGGAGUUUCGAAUGGCUAGUUUUUUUUAUCAUGGUGAACAAAGUUUUGUAAACAAAGAUAAUCGCUUAAAGGUUUUGGAAGCCCCUGCCGUUUCAUUAGGUAAAUUGAACAUAUCAUGUAAUCAAGAUCCCGCCCAUGCACUUGCGUGUGCUUUAAGUACAUUAUUCUGCGGUACUGAUGAAGAUUCUAGUUAUGAAUACAAUGAUCAAAAUUUUGACCCUCGUGAUAAUUUUUCUGCAGCAUCAAUGCAGUUCGGCGCCAUUAGUCGAACAGUGACAGUCAAGGCAAGUCCUAUCGGUAGUGGUCAUUUUAAUAAAACUCAUUUGGUGAAUUGCAGUCCUGAAGAUAUAUCUUUGAAACAAAGUGAUAACGGCAUUGCUCUGUCAGAGGUUCAGUGUUUGUUAAGAUUAUGUGAACACGACCCAAGUCUUGCUGUCCCACCUUUUGUAGAUUCUGAAUCAUUUCCUUUGAUAUCCAAUCAUAUAAAAAAGUUUUCUGCUGAUGAAUGUACAAACUUCGAACUAAGUAAAUUUAGAAACCUUAUCACAUAA